CUGUAGUUUCCGCCCUGCUGAUCUGUCCAAGCGCGCACACCGUGCAGUGAUGCAGAGCCAUGUGCGCCAAUAUGUACCACACUUUGGAGGAGAGCAGUACUUGUUUUUGUUCCUCGUCUGCUCUAGAUUCUGUACACUGGGAAAUGUGUUUCAGAAAGAUGUUUCUUCAGUGAGGCAGACUGUUAAGUCUUUAAUUUAAAGACUGCAAGUCAUCGCAUCAGGUCUGACUGUGGUCUGGUUUACCAGACAUAGAUUGAGAUUUUGCUUGAUGGCAUUUAAAAAGCUCCUUAUAGUUAAAAGCAAAAAGGACCAGAAGUAAUGAGAGAAAAACAGCAAGUAAAUAUGUCCCAAACAGAGCCGGAGAGAGCAAAACCAGCUGAAACUGGACAGAAAAGGAAACAAGAGGCUGAAAGGAGUGAGCGAGUGAGGGAGAGGAUGAAGAGAGGAAGCAUCUUGUCCAACAGAAGUCUAGAGAUGAGUGAAAAAAAUCCACAUUCAGCGGCCUCUCCGGAUGGCGGAUGGGGCUGGAUGAUCGUGGCUGGAUGUUUUCUCACCACCGUUUGCACACGUGCGGUCACUAGGUGUGUUUCCAUCUUUUUUGUGGAAUUCCAGUCAUACUUUUCCAGAGAUUAUUCUGCAACUGCAUGGAUACACUCUCUGCUGGAUUGCACUACAAUGUUGUGUGCACCACUGGGUAGUUACAUAGGGAACCGCCUCUCUUCUCGUAUAGCUGUCAUUAUUGGUGGACUUCUUUCCUCUGCUGGUCUGCUGCUCAGCUCACUGGCCACCAGCGUAGAGUUCCUGUAUCUUACACUGGGUGUUCUUACAGGUGUGGGAUUUGCCCUUAGUUACACUCCUGCAAUCGCCAUGGUGGGUUCUUACUUCAGCGAGAGAAAAGCGCUGGCUUACGGGAUUGCCAUGUCAGGCAGCGGCAUUGGAACCUUCAUACUAGCACCGGCUGUGCAACUCCUCAUUGAGUUCUUCUCCUGGAGGGGUGCGCUGCUCAUUCUUGGGGGUUUGGUGUCCCACCUAUGUGUCUGUGGAGCCCUUAUGAGACCUUUGGAAGGCCAAAGAGGGAGGCAGAAGGAGAUGGACUUGGAGAGUGACAAAAGGGUUGAUUUGCUGAAUAUGAAACUUGCUGAUACAGUCCUCAGUGUUGAAUUGAGUGCACAGGAAUGGAGAUCAGUGGAGGUAAAUCAUAUGGAUACAGAUAAAAUGAUUAAAGAGAGAGGGGGAAAAGAACAAGCUGAGAAUAUGCAGAGGGAUGGAAAAGAACAGAUGGAGGCAGAUAAGUCAGGGCCCUCUGAUGCAAAGCAUACACACUCCGAUGAGGAACUAAACUAUAGACAGGAUCUUUCUGAAGACUCCGAGACAGUGAGCAGAAACACAGAUGAAUGGAACAUCUCGGGCUCAGCUUUAGUACAAUCAGAUGGUGGCUGUUUGCCCACCAAUCAAGAGAAUACAGCUAUCCCAGAAACAAAAUCCGAAGCAAACGCUAACCACACCACUCUGGCGCAAUCAAAGGUGGUAAACACAAACUUACUGAAGGAGUCCAAGGAAAAUGUAUGGUCUAUCAUAAGGAAACCCGUAUUGAGAGAAUAUUCCUUCCUGUUGAUACCAGACUUCCUGUUGCUGUUGGUGUCCUACCUGUUCCUUGCAUAUGGUUGCAGUGUACCAUUUGUGUAUCUUGUGCCCUAUUCACUGAGUGCAGGCGUCAGCCCUCAACAGGCAGCAUUACUCAUGUCCAUACUUGGAGUCAGGAUUGUCGGAACUAUCACUUUUGGUUGGAUUGCUGAUAGAAAGUGUUUAAGGCCAUAUAGGGUGGUGAGUUACAUGCUGGCUGUGGGGUCAGAAGGGCUAAGUUGUCUCUUUCUGCCUCUGCUGAAUGGAUUUUCCCUGCUCGUCCCCUUUUCUCUCAUCUACGGCUACUUUGAUGGAGCUUACGUGGCACUUAUUCCUGUGGUGACCUCUGACACUGUCAGCUCUACCCACCUGACCUCAGCUCUGGGAGUUGUUUACUUCCUCCACGCCAUCCCCUACCUCAUCAGCCCACCUAUCGGAGGUUGGCUAGUGGAUCAGACAGGCUCCUACACAGCUACAUUCUUCCUCAGUGGAGUCUCUCUGAUCUGCAGUGCUGUGAUUCUGGCUGCUGUGAGAGUGAUCAUCCGCUGCACUAGAGGGAGCUCUUGCAUAAACUGACUCACAACCAGGUACAGGAGAUUUCUAAAGCAGUAGAAAAGUACAGCAAUAUUGCUGUCAAGAAACAUGAAAGUGCCCCCUCCGGAGUUAAACAGGGUUAUAUGAGAGUUUUUAUGUUCCUGAUCCAAAGCUCUCAUCAGUGAGAUGGACUGCCAUAACACAAGCUCAAACCUCCCAAAAUACAGGAUUUUACUUAUAAUUUUGUGUUUUAAAGGUGAAAUUUUGUCGUUGAGACUGAUAGUAACUUAUGUAAAAUGUUCCAAAUAUUUUAAUGAGUUUGCUACAAAAGAAACUGAUUCCGUAUUUGACAUUUAUUUGAUAUUUGUCUCUCAAGCAGAUUGAAUCUGAUUGGCUGGUCAGACAAACCAACAGCUGUCCUUUGCCCAGUAGUUACAUGUAUACUGCUCCAUUCACAGCUCAAUGUAUUUAUAAUGUACACUACCGUUCAAAAGUUGUAAGAUUGUAAGAUUUUACCCCCGGUUUCACAGGCCAGGCUUAAGCUAGUCCCAGACUAAAAUGCAUGUUUGAGCUCUUUUAACUGAAAGCAACUUGCGCUGACAUUUCUUAAAAUAUGUCAGUGCCAUUGUUUUGUCUCAAGAUUCACACCAGUAAUGUUUUUUUUCUAGGGCUUAUAAAAACUACUUAAAUGUCCUAAUUGAACUAAGGCCUUAUCCUGGCUUAGUCUAAGCCCUGUCUGUGAAAGCGGGCGUAAGUGUUUUUGAAAGAAGCCUCUUAUGCUCACCAAGGAUGCACACUGAGUCACAAAUAUAGUAAAAGAGCAGUACUGUGAAAUAUAUGUUAAAAACAGAUGUGCUGUUUAUUAUUUUUUGUGGAAACUAGUUUUUUUUUUUUUUUUUUUUUUUUUUUUUUCAGGAUUCUUUGAUGAAUAGAAAUUUGUUUAGAAAUGGAAAUAAUUUGUAACGUUAUAAAUGCCUUCACUGUCACUUUUGAUCAAUUUAAUUUGUCCUUGCAGAAUAAAAGUAAAAAUUUCUUUAAAAAAAUCCCAACCUUUUGAACAGUAGUGUAUACAGCUACAUACACUGUUUACAAACAGCCAAGCUCACUGUCCUUAAAACACUCAGAUCAAAUGUAACUCUAUUCAGUGUCAUAAGUUUUGAAUUCUUUGAAUGUUUUAAUUUUUUAAUUAUGGCAAAUGAGUUAAAUGUGAGCUUUCCUAAUUCUGCAUCAAUCCGCAGAGCUUUCUUUGGACUUAGGAGUGAAUAUUCUGUGUGAGCUGCUCACCAUUCAGAUAAUGCUUUGGUGAAUAGACUUUAUGGACUCUCAUGAAAAAUAUGACUAAAUCAUUGCUAAGGAAACAACAAUAAUAUUAGAUGCUAUAUGUAAGCAGUAUCAGAUGGCCUGUAUUUCAUAUAAAGGUCACAAACAAUUCUGUGCCUUUGAUGGGAAUAAUGGUUUUUGACAAGAAGGGGAACAAAUUACACAGUUUUAAUCUCUUGUUUUACAUUUUUUUUAAAUUACAUCAAAUACCUUGUGAUUCUCAACAAUACGCAUUUAUUUGUACGUGACCUUGUGUUUGUGUUUGUUACAGUAGAUAAUAUUCAAUUUGUCAGAAUGUAUCUUCAGACUUUCCACCGGCAAGCAACAAAGUUUCCUUAAGAAAAUGUAAAAACAGAAAAUCAUGUUUGAAAUGCACUCAACUUUGAGAAAAGGGCGUUCAUUUUUAUGUUACUGCACACUGAAAACAAAGUUACAAAAUCAACAGGUCAAGCAGGUCAGGUCUGAGCAGGUCAAGUAAAUCUAAUCAACAAACUAAAAAAACUAAUCAAAAAUGGAUGGGAGAAAACAGUGUUUAUAAUUAAAUGUUUAUUAUUGUAUUUGAAACAGAAACAUGUACUGUAAGCAACACAUUUCUAUAUCCACAUUUCAGAAAUGAAAGUCUCAAAAAAAAAGGCAGUUGUGAACGUGUUUUCUGUGAACAAUAGUUAUAAUCAGAAGCAAUAAGCACAUGAUUCAGCUCCAAGAAGUGUUUUUUUUUUUUUUUUUUUUUUUUUUUUUUUUUUUUUUUU